AUGCCGAUCGCGGCCCUUCCCCAGACCACCGUUCGAGCAAUUGGCUCAACUUCUGUCAUCUCAGACCCCGGCUCCAUUGUCAAGGAGUUGCUGGAGAACUCUCUUGAUGCACACGCAACUGCAGUAUUUAUAGAAAUUUCCCAGAACACGGUGGACGUGAUCCAGGUAAAGGACAAUGGACAUGGAAUUCCCCCGGAAGAUCAUCCUUUUGUCUGCAGACGCGCCUUCACUAGCAAGAUUAAAACAGUCGAGGAUCUGAGCAAACUCGGCGGAAAGUCGCUAGGCUUCAGAGGUGAAGUGUUGGCCAGUGCUGCUGAAGUUUGCGGAGGAGUGACGGUCACAACUAGAGUUGAAGCGGACCCCGUUGGCACCUGCAUCAAAUAUGGGAGAAAUGGCGAGCUCAUCAGGUACGUUACCCGGAAGGAUGCGUCGGGCGUGCUGACAUAUUGGAGCACUCAACGUGCCUCGCACCCAGUUGGUACAACGGUCCGAGUAACGGAUCUCUUCAAGCAGAUACCAGUCCGGAGGCAAACGGUACUGAAAAGUACCGCAAAGACAAUAGCCAAUAUCAAGAAAAUCAUACAGUCGUAUGCUAUCGCUCAACCCACUAUAAGGCUCUCAUUGAAGGUUCUUAAAGCUACUAGCGAAAGGGCGAACUGGGUCUACGCCCCUGGAAAGCAUGCCGCGCUUAUGGACGCAGCACGCAAAGUUACCGGUACUGAGGUCACCUCCGCUUGCAUAAUCAAGCAGUGGCCAUGUGGAAACGAGUCAGAUGAGGGAUCUGGGAGUGUAAAUGACUCUUCAUUUCAGCUGAUCGCCCUACUUGCAAAUCCUGAAUCAGAUUUUUCAAAAGUGAACAACGCGAGACAGUUUUUCAGUGUGGACGGUAGACCUCUCUCAGCAUCUCGGGGCAUUGGACAGGAGAUCUCAAAACUGUACAAGUCUUACCUACGAGCGGCUGCUUCGGGUAGCGGCCGUUUCUCGAAUAUAUCGGAUCCAUUCCUUUGCUUGCAAAUCCGUUGCAAGGAAAGCUGUUACGACGUGAAUAUUGAACCGGCCAAGGACGAUGUUUUAUUUGAGAAUCGGCAAAAUGUUCUUUCGCUUGCAGAAGAUCUCUUUCGGGAUGUCUACGGUAAAAACCCUGAUGGGGCUGAGGAACGCAAAAGUGCCUCCAAAGGGAAGGAAAGGGUGGUAAACAACGACGCCUUCGAACUCCUCUUAGCUCGUAAAGACUCCACUGAAUGUUCCAUCGAAACCGUGACUGAGGGUAACGAUCCACCAAGCUUCGUCACAGCUAGCUCGCUUUUUCACAUGAGGAGCAGCCAGAAGAAUGGCCGACACGAACAGCGAUUAUUCGGCGAUGGAAGUCCAAGUGCGUCCGGUCAUACGAGAACCAGAGAUUUGGAGGGUCUCAAUCCAUGGUCAGUGACACGACUGUAUGCCCCUUCUGGCGCUUCAUCCCACAGAACUCCGUCAAGGGGUCCAAUAGGGUCCGCAAGGCUGCCACCUGAGGCGCAGGAACUGGAAUACAGGUCUUCGACCGAUACAUCACCGUUGGGCUUAGCAAGUUCCGCUUCGGCGAGUGCGUCGACACCUCAUUCGGAUCGGCUGUCCCGCUCCCCAAUUGAGUCUCGUUCUUCUGCUUCGGUCUCCGAUGUCACGCAAACCUCGCCAAUCACGCCAUUGACCGGUUCGUCCGUACGAUUAAGAGCUUCAAGGCAGCGCGACAGAGAGCGAUACGGUAACGGUGCUCUGGAUACGUGGUUCUUGAAGACCACACAAGCAUCACUUCGUCAAGAGCCGGUUGAGCAGCGUCCGGAAAACGAAGAUGAUGAGACUCCGUUGUCGCAGCUAGCGCAGCAUCGAUUUGCACAACGUGAAAGUCCCCCGGUCACAUCCGACACAACGACCCCUCGGAGCAUUUCUCAUGUGGCUUCAAGAAGUCCGGGACCGUCUGAGCAGGUUACGAGCACGGUCGAAUCGUCAGUCAUCAGCCGGAGUGGUGCUUCAGAGCCUGCGCCGAGACGGCUGGACCAGUGGUCUGCAAAUCUGCACCGACUGGCGAAUGCUGACCAUAACCCCGACCUGGAAAAGGCACUUGAUUUUGAGAAGCGCAAGAGAGAAGCGAUCACGAAGCUGCGGGAGAAGAGGAAGAAUGCGCUAGCCGGAAAUUCGCCCCAUAUGAGCAGAUAUCUUGCUGCCAAAGCUGCUUUGAAUCCCGAAGUCAAUAACAGCACUGCCAAGUCGGAGUCAUCGGUCUCUGAAACUGACAACCCAAGGUCUCGUCUGAACCCACAUGAUCCGAGGUCUUAUCUCAUGCGCAAUAAGGGCUCGCAUGAUCACAGGAGGCUUGCUUCAGAUCCGGCCAAAGUCCGACGGAUCCAAACAAACAAGUUACCAUUCGAGAAGAUAGCCGAGGGGUGCGAAUUGCAUGACUUAUGCCUGGUACAGCCUGCAGCCAUCCCCCUGAUCUCCAAGCCUUUCCGCGACUUAUAUGAAUACGAUCUAUAUAUACGAGAGGAAGAUAGUUUUGCAGGUUUUACCGCCGCGGAUCUGCAAUUCCUAAGCUUAUGGGAGGGUCAACUGUCCUCGUUAAUCAAGCGAAACUUUCGAACCACACAAGGUUCAGAUAACCCUUCCAUUCAGAUAAACCUUUCCGAUCUACAUCAGCAUCUGGGCGAUCUUGAUAUGGGUAGAUCAUCUGCGUCUGCAUGA